AUUGCGUAUCUCUUCCACCGCUCUGGAUAUUUUAUGUAAAUGCUUGUUGGUUGAUGGGACGUUAUGUAAAUGAAAUAUGCGUACAGCACAGGCGAGGCCCGAGUAUGGGAACCGUUUCGCUCGAUUUUCAAUCAGUGGACACAAGUGAAAAGCGAGCCUUGCUGGGUGGAAGUUCUCAUGCCGCGGGAUCCUCGAACGAGGAUACAGAGCAGGAUGACCCGGGUGCCGACGGCUGCUUCGACCAUCGUCUUCGGGGUGCGUUGCAAUCGGCCACGACCGAGGAUACGCAGAGAAAUGGUGGACGAUUUCCGGCGGAGAACGUUGAAGCUCGCAACCAGAUAUUGAAAUUCGCUUGUGCCAAAGGGAAGCAGAACAACAGGAAGAAGUCUGGUCGUUACAAGCGCAGAGUUACGUUCGCCGUGUGA